AUGCACGAAUCCAUUCAGAGUGAGGAGAACACCAAAGCCAUUGUUGAGGAGCUUGAACAAGACCACAGCGUUGUUGUUGGAUUGUUGGGAGUUGAUGGUGGAUGGUUGAUGGAGAUUCAGGAACUAGCGGCGGCAAAUUUGUCGAAGACAAAUGUUGUUGUUGCCACUUUGAUCGAAGAGCCAAGGCGGAGGAGGCUGAGCGUCUUAGUCAUGAAUACUGGUUGCUGGCUUCAGACCUUGCCCCGCUGUGUAAACCUGCUCUCUUUUGAAUAUAAUAUCUUCAUCUUCCCUCCCGAACUCUUUCAAAGACAUCGUCUCGGUUUAAACGGUUCAAUAUUGGUUGAAGAUUGUUGA